CGAGAAAGAAAAGAAAAAAAAAAAGAAGAAGAGUUGCCGGCGCGAGACCAGACGAAGCCAUCCGAUCCCCACCCUUCCUCCCCUCCCACCUCAUCAGCGCUGGCGGCGGCGGCGGCGGCGGCGGCGUCCCCUGGAUCCCUCGGCGGAGGCAGCGGCAGCGGCGGCGGCGGCGGUAGAUCAAUCGCAUUUGUCUCGCUAAAUCCGGCCCGCGCCGCCCGUCGCGUCGCGGUAGGUGGGUAGGGGGAGGUGUGUCGCGUCGCGUCGCGUGGUAGCUGCGCUCCCUUCCCGCAUCCGCGGUGCCUGUGCGUGCCCUCCACACGAUCCCCCCCUCCCGUCGUGUUCGUCCGACCGUCCGGCAGAUCGGCGAGGAUGGAAAUGUUCUUCAGCAGCUUUCUUAAUGAAUCGGCAUCAUCAGAGAACCUCUUUGGUCAUCCAAAUGUCGAGAGAUGCCCAUUCCUGAGAAACAUCAAUGGAGCUACAACAUAUUCAUUUUCUUCUGCUUUGCCAGUAGCUGCCCGAGGAGGAAAUGGUCCAAUUUUUGAGGACGGACCAGGCUUUGAUUCAGCAUUUAAACUUUUCCAUGGAUGGGAUGGAAUAGUUCCGCUUUCAGGAAAGUCAUAUUUACCUGAUGAGAGCAACAGUGAGAGCAUUGAUGCCAAUCCUGAACCUGCUCUGCUGUUUAACCCAUUGGCUGCUAGAGCUGCCACAAUAAGUCUAUCUGCAUUUGGGCCAUUUGGUUUUAACUUCUUUAAUGGCAAGGGGAAAAGGCAGAACAAGAAGCCCAACAAUCUAAAUCAGUCAAACAAGAAGCCCAGCAAUCCGAACCAGAAUUCCAUGAAAAAAGGAGGUAACUCAUCAUCGCACGAGGCAAUGAGCAACGAAUGGAUGGAAAAUGGGCAGUGCCCACUUGCCCGGUCUUACCGAGCAAUGAGUGGCAUUCUGCCCCUUGUUGCAAAGGCUUUACAACCACCAGCAGGUGUGAAGCUGAAGUGCCCGCCUGCUGUGGUCGCUAUACGUGCAGCCCUUGCACGGACUGAACUUGUGAAGUCUCUCCGUCCCCAGCCCCUGCCUGCAAAGAUGGUAGCCAUUGCGUUGCUUGGAAUGGCAGCAAACAUCCCUCUCGGGGUGUGGCGUGAGCACACCAAGAAAUUCUCCCCGCAGUGGUUUGCAGCUGUCCAUGCCGCUGUUCCAUUCAUCGGAAUGCUGAGGAAAUCUGUGAACAUGCCCAAGACUGCCAUGGCAUUCACCAUAGCAGCCUCCAUUAUUGGCCAGACAAUCGGGUCGAGGGCCGAGCGCAUUCGUCUGAAGGCAUUGGCUGCAAAGGGCGACGCCGAUUCCACCACCGUGGCUGACAUGUAUCCAAACAAGUCUGGCAAUUGCAGUGACACUGAGGGCAAGGCAUGGGAUCCGCUCGCGAUGAAGAUGGCUGGACGGGCUUCUGGUGGCGUUGCUGCACCAACACCAAGCAUGUGUUUCUGAUUGUUCAUUGCUUUUGAAAAUUUGUGUCUAUACCAGUAUCUCUGUAUGUUUGAGAGUUGAUAUUGAGUCUAUUUUUAUCUUGUGAUGUAAUUGCCUUUCCUUGCCCCUCAGAAGUAUCCGUUUGUUUGUGGGGUGAGGCAAGUGGAAUAAGAGUGCUGCAGUUCUGCAGUUAAGCUUGCCAGUUCUGCAGUUCAUGCAUCUGUAAUUUGAUGCUGCAGGAUUUCUGCUAUUUUACCAAUCAUCAUUGUACUGUGUGUAACCUGUUGGAUGAACGCUUGUUAGCUGUUCUGGUGAGUGACCCUGUUUGAAUUUUAUUA